AUGUCUGAUAUGGAAGGGGUGUUAAAUAGUAAUGUGCAAUCAUUACCUCAUGUAGAAGAGGAGUUUGUUGAUUCUGAUUAUGAUAUGUCUUCUGGUGAUGAGGAUUAUCAAGAGGUCAUGAAUGAACAAAGGGAAAAAAGUAGAGGCAAACAAGCUGGUGACCUAUCCUUCGCACAAGCUAGUUGUGUAACACAAGGAGUUGGUGGUGGAGAUGUAAGUGAAUCAGAGAAUGAUGAAUCUGAUGAGCUAUUGACAGAGUCUGAUUCAAAUGGUGAGGGUCAUAUUAGGUUUGCAGAAUUUAAUGAAGAAAAGGAAUUGUACAACCCACGGUUAAGGGUUGGAAUGGUGUUUAGGGAUUUUGACCAACUCAAAAAAGCAUGCAGAAACUGGGGGAUUAAGCACAGAUUUCAAUUAUGGUUCCCCCAAAAUGACAAGAAGAGAGUUAUUUGUGCUUGUCACAACAAGAAAUGCUCAUUUAGGAUUUAUGCAGCUCACAUGAGCAAAGACAAUCCAUCUGUGCAAAUUAAGAGUGCAAAUUUAGAUCACAGCUGUGGGAAGGUCUUCAGUAAUUUUCAUGUGACUUCAAGGUGGCUUGCAACCAAAUACUUUGACAAAUUCAAGGCCGAUCCAAAUUGGAGCUAUAAUGGGAUAAUUAAACAAGUCAAGGAUGACCAAGGUAUCACAAUAUCUCACAUGAAAGCUUGGAGAACAAAAAAUUUGGCUAUGAGGUGGGUUAAUGGAGAUGAGGCUGAGCAGUACACAAAACUUAGCAUGUAUGCAGCUGAGCUUAGACAAAGUAAUCCUGGGACCACAGUAAUUUUGUGGAGGGAUGAAGGUGUCUUUCAAGGAUUCUAUGUCUGCCUAAAGCCCCUAAAGGAUGCAUUUUGGUCAGGAUGUAGGCCAUUCAUAGGCUUUGAUGGAUGUCUUUUGAAAGGCAUUUAUGGUGGACAAGUUUUGUCAGCAAUAGGUAUUGAUCCAAAUGACUGCAUAUUUCCCCUUGCUUAUGCAGUAGUUUUAACUGAGAGUAGACAGACUUGGACAUGGUUCAUGGAGCUUUUGAGGGAUGAUUUGGAGAUAUGGAAUAGCAAAUAUAUCACCAUAAUGAGUGAUCGCCAAAAGGGCUUAAAAAGGGCUGUUGAAGACAUAUUUCCAGAUGCUGAACACAGAAAUUGUGUUCGGCACAUUUACACAAAUUUCAGAGAGAAAUUCAAAGGGAAAACCCUAAAAGAUUAUUUGUGGAAUGCUGCAAGGGCCACAUAUGUGCAAAGGUUCAACUAUUGGCUUGGAGAAAUAGAGAAAGAGAGCCUAGAAGCCAGGAGAUGGCUUGAUCAUCAAGACAGGCCCCAUGCAAGCUGGACCAGGUACAUCCUUGAUGCAAGGGAUAAGGGAAUCAUCACAAUGCUUGAGAUGAUCAAGAUGAAGUCGAUGAGGAGAAUAUAA